AUGCCGAUCUGUUUCAGCGUCCACAACUUGGCAGGAUACAAUGAGCGGUUCAACACAGUGCUGUACAGGGAACCCAUACGAACGAGCAAAUCUCAUUCCAGCAAGUACAUUAUUUUCUUCCCAGGGGACUAUUCAAAUUUUUUCACUAACUCUAUAUACACAUCAUUUAAGUUGGAGUCGACAAACGAAUGCUCAGACUACUGCUACAGCUAUGAAGCCCUAUUCUGGAUCCUAUCCUCCAAGUAUUUGUAUGACCACUUAGUUUUUAUUAAGCCUAGCAUUUUUAUAAAUCACUUUUCCUCCUUUUCCAAUUUUUUAAAUCCAUCUGAUAUUUCGCUCAGCACACAUGAUCACAGUGUGACGGCGGCAGGGGGGAGAAAUCCCGGAGAUGCGGUGGUGCCCGCCAAAAGUGUGAAGCAUUUAUUGUGCCUACUCUUAUCACUGGAUGAGCAGUUAUCAAGGUGGAGCCACGCAUCUGCUAAUGGCACCCCGUGCACUCAUUCUAAUGGAGAAAAGACUCACACAAAUGCUCUUGCGGGGAGUGACCAGAUUGAUGGAUCCCCACUGCUGAGCCCACUAAAACGCAGACUCGUUUUGAUCGGAUUCAGCAGGGGGUGCUCGGUUCUGUUCGCUCUGAUGAGGGAGGCCAACGAAGGCCAGCUGCUCCUCUCUUGCGUCGAUUCCAUGUACCUCCUAGACCCCGGAUUCAACAAAAAGAUAUACAACACCGAGAUCGAAAGCAGCGCUUUGGAGAAGGUCGCUCAGUGUGGAUUGAAAAUAUUCCUUCACUCCACACCUCACCAAGUGAUAAACAAACACGAUGUAAACAUCCACAUGGAACUGUUAAACUUUUUAAAGAAUCUCAGGCAACAUGGGAUAGCUACCUUCCCAUAUAUACACUAUAUUAAAAAUGCCAAGUUGGUGAACCACCUAAAUCUCCAUUUUGAGAUCCUUGUGGAUUUUAUUGACGACGUGUUGGAAGACCCCAACGAGUCCUCCCCUUCCUCCUCCUUGUCCAGUUCCUGCAAGGAGCACGGAAUCACUGUGUGUAGGAGUAAAAUGUCUGCCAAAGAUUUCUUGUUUGAAAAUUGGAAGAGGAAUUAG